UGAUAUCCGAGAAUGUCAUAGAGCCCUCCGUUUGUCGCGGACAGCUGAUAUACCCAAUCAGAGGCAUAUUGUAGACUUGAAACUCCAGAAAUAUGUUUAGAUAUUAAUUGUCAAUGGUUGCUGACGAUUAAUUUCUCAUGAUGGAUAAGAAAUUUGGAAUUUCCUCGGUCGUGUUCGAAAAUCCGGAUUAUCUGCCUGUAGAGGAAGUACAGCUGACUGUGCAAGAGGAUGGAGCCACACGAUCUGUUCCAGCCUUGUCCAAUUGUUGGAUGGAGAAACGACACUUUUUACACUACGAGGAACCACUUAUUUACGGGGAUAAUGGAGUGGAGAUCUUGGGCUCGAAAGAUAGGUGGUUGAAGAUUAUGGGACAUUUGAAUAAGGAUUUCAACUGGAUACUGUCCCUUCCUUACCACAAAUUCUGGUCCAACAUUAUUCACAACGAGUCGAUAAUCAACUCCAUGACGAUUUUUCUUGUCGAUUCUCCGACCUUCUAUACAAUUGAAAAAUUCCCCAAUGACGCAGAAAUGAUCGAAGUUUUUGAUCUCCUUGCUCGCAAUAUCCUAAUAACAUUCGCCCGAAUAGUGACAAACCAAGAGAGCCCAGUUGAGUUCAUGGACAAAGACUACCACGGAAAAUUAAUCUAUGAUAAGUAUCUGAUGACGGUUCCAAUUAUGUGGGACCUGUGUCAACUCUACGGUCGUGAAAAUGAUAAAGUCGUGGAGAAGAUACUCAGCAGUGCGAUCAAACUGAAUCCCCUGUACUCAACCGAUUUCAAACAGGCAAUUGACUUUCUCAUCGAGGUCUUCACGACCAUUGAACAGAAGAUGGAAAGUUCUAUGUCAAAUGAAGUGGAGAUGAGUAUUAAGGAUAUUCAGGAUAUGGUGGUGCAUUUAUUGGACCUGUCGACAACUAUUGAAGUCUUUUUGAAUUUAUAUUCUCCGGCUAUUCAACUUUUUUCUACAGAGAACUUCAUUGGGAAGCUGGUCGCCAUUUACGGAGCAACUUUUCCCCAGAUUUACAAAAACUUGGAGUUUAUCGGUUACAACGACGAUAAUCUCAUCGACUAUGCCGAGACAAAGCAUUUUCUAGAAAUUACGAGAGUAUCGAUGAUCAAGGUCUUCAGGACCAUUACUUACCGAGACAUUGCUCUGAUCCUGCAACAACCCGAUCCAUCCAGUGACAAGAAUGUCAGUCAACGUGUGGAUAACUUCUUAGAUUAUCUAACUGCAACUGUCCUCGAGAAGGACUUCCUUAAUGAUUAUAACACAUUCUACCCCAUCGACAGCGAUUUGGACCUCGUUGCCCAAAUCACUGAUGACAUGGAUCACUUAAAGAAGAAUUUUCUACUUCAGUCUGUCUCUCUGACAUUAAUGGACAAGGAUAAUUCUUCUAAUGCCAUUGACCCAUCCAUCAAUUGUUUUCGGAAUCCAUCGUCACUCAAUUCAUUUGUCGAUGAAAAAAAUCACGAAACGUCCCAGACCAAUAAUGUUACUAACACCUCUAAUGUUGAAAAGCCAGAAGAUGCACUCCUAGACCUUAUCAAAGAAGUUAAAGGAAUAAUGUGCCACUUGGGAGAGGGAUUUAUCGCCGAAUGUUUGAAGCACUACAACAAUAAUCCAUCAGCUGUGAUAAAUGCUCUCCUAGAGGACAAUCUACCCCAGGAGUUGAAUGAACUGGAUCGAGAGUUGUGCUAUAUCCCUCCAGAUCCCAUGCUAGCCUCAGCAAAUGUUGACGAGGCGAUUGGCUAUCAGCGGCUCAACGUCUUCGAUGGGGAUGAGUUCGACAUCAUGACUCGUGACAGCAUUGACACGACAAGAGCUCACAGAGGGAAAAAGAAAGACAAGUACAAAAAUCUUGAAGCGAUGUUAAACGACAAAUCGUUCAAGAACGAGGUAUCGACGUUCUAUGAACAAUAUGGAAUCAUUGAGGAUGAAUACGAUGACGAAUAUGACGAUACUUACGAUGGGCAAGACGUGGGUCCCGGAGGUGUCGACGAUCCCGUGGAAAUGGACGCCAGACCCUUCACGAUUCCCAGAGUCUUGCGAAUAGCGGAGAAACCUGAAGAACAUCUGUCAGAGGAUGAAAACGACAAAGAGUGGGAAUCGAAGCCUCAGACGAGUCAAAAUCGGAACGCGAAUUUCUGCGAGAAUCCAGAGGUAUUGAGAGCUAGGGCUGAACAGCGUCGAUUGUCAAGAGGAGGUAAAUCUAAAUCUCAGGGGGAUGUUGUUGGAAGGCCGAAAGGCCAGGGGAAUGACAAGGACGUUCUUGUGAACAGGGAUAGAAAGAACACCAAUAAAUCGUCAAGAGCCAAUCACAACAGAAGGUCUGGAGCUGAAUGGAAAAGAAGGCAAGGCAUGGUGCCAUCUUAAGAUACUCCUGCAGAAAUCAUAUGGAAGUUUAUGGCAAUGUGAUACAGAAUUGAAAUUUAGAAAAUAUAUUCUUUCAGUACAUUGGAAAUUUUCCAUUUUUCUAGGAGAAAAAAAUAAAUGACCAGGAUCGACAAGUAAAAAAACAAUGAUGCAAGAAUUGACUAGUCUAUCUUACUACAUAGUAGCAUUCAUGUUCAUUAACAAAUAUCUUUUUCUAUUUAAAUGGUUUAACAGACGCAAUAAUAAACACUACACUAUCAAAAA